AUGCUUCAGUUUCCAAGAUUCCUUGGUGAUUGUCUUGAAGCCAAUGCCCGCGGAUCUCAUUCCCCACCUCCCUUGCACUGCACAAAUGCUGCCAUUCCCACAUCUUCUAACAUAGGUCUUGGUCUGUGUUGCCUUUCGCCAUGCUCUGAAACCAGCCCCGGAGAGAAUCUAAUAGUUCGAGUCAAUUCAAAGCCACAAAACGAUAUAAAAGGCUGUCAGAUGUUUGCAGGCGGCUCUGAAUGCCAAAUCUCUGAAGUUCAAGGACUCUUGAAAUCUCAGCCUCGAGGUAAAAUACCUUCUCGUUCCCAUUCUCAAAGCAGGCUGAAGCCAAAUAGGUCAGAACCAACGUCACCAUGUCACUCUCCCUUAUUUCGCAAUGGCAGGCAAGAGGAGGGCAGCCAAACUGGUGACUCUUCCAUCUACUCCACGUCCUACAUUUUUCUCGAGCGCUUACCCUGUAAAGCCCAGAAAUCAAGUGAAUAUGGAAAUGAUGAGGAUCUGUUAAAGGAAUGCUACAUGGAAGAUGAGGCGGCCUCGACAAGCGCCGAGACUUCGCAGCUGUCUGGAGAGUUGAGUGGGCCUAAGGGUUCAGUUGAUUUUCUCUCAGACGGACAUAAAAUGGAAAACAUGACUUGUGCCUUAAAGAGUCGAACCGCUAACGACUACCACAUUGAAUCCAGACGAGACACUGGCUUCUGUGAAAAAACUAGUUGUAACUUGGCCGAUUCUUCAGCUUCGACCGCCACAUACUUAGCAAAAACUUCUGCGGCAGCAUCAGUGACAUCUUCCACUUCGGCUAUUGCCUACCGAUCAGGUGAAAAUGCGUUGGGGGAGUUAAAAAGAAAAGCACAUAAUGCGUCAACCGACGAUGAAAUGACUUUAUAA